AUGCUGAGCCGCAGCUCGUUCACCAGCCUGGUGGUGGGGGUGUUUGCCGUGUACGUAGCGCACACUUGCUGGGUGAUGUACGGCAUCGUCUACACGCGGCCCUGUCCGACGGCGGCGGCGGCGGCAGCAGCCGGGAGUGGCGCGGCGGGGUGCGUCUGGCCUUACCUGGCGCGGAGGCCGAAGUUGCAGUUGAGCGUGUAUACUACCACACGAUCAAACAUUGGUGCUGAGAGUAAUAUAGAUCUGGUUUUGAAUGUGGAGGAUUUUGAUAUUGAAUCCAAAUUUGAAAGGACAGUGAAUGUCUCUGUACCAAAGAAAACUCGAAAUAAUGGCACGUUAUAUGCAUACGUAUUUCUUCAUCACGCUGGAAUUUUGCCUUGGCAUGACAGUAAGCAGGUCCAUAUAGUCAGCCCACUGACCACAUACAUGGUCCCUAAACCAGAAGAGGUUAAUUUGCUCACUGGGGAGUCAGCCACACAGCAAAUUGAAGCAGAAAAACAGACUAGUGCUCUAGAUGAGCCUGUCUCUCACUGGAGGUCAAGAUUAACCUUAAAUGUCAUGGUGGAAGAUUUUGUAUUUGAUGGAUCCUCCCUCCCUGCUGAUGUUCACCGUUACAUAAAGAUGGUUCAGCUGGGGAAGACAGUGCAUUACCUUCCAAUACUAUUUAUUGAUCAGCUAAGCAACAGAGUGAAAGAUUUGAUGGUUAUAAAUCGUUCAACAACAGAACUACCUCUUACAGUGUCCUAUGACAAAAUAUCUCUUGGAAAACUCCGAUUCUGGAUCCACAUGCAGGAUGCUGUGUAUUCCCUACAACAAUUUGGGUUUUCAGAAAAGGAUGCAGAUGAAGUAAAAGGAAUUUUUGUUGAUACUAACCUCUACUUUCUGGCUUUGACGUUCUUUGUGGCAGCAUUCCAUCUUCUUUUUGAUUUUCUUGCGUUCAAAAAUGACAUCAGCUUUUGGAAGAAAAAGAGGAGCAUGAUUGGGAUGUCUACAAAAGCAGUGCUUUGGCGGUGUUUCAGUACUGUGGUAAUAUUUCUUUUCCUUUUGGAUGAACAAACAAGUUUAUUGGUACUGAUCCCAGCAGGCAUUGGUGCAGUGAUUGAGCUCUGGAAAGUGAAGAAAGCUUUGAAAAUGAAAAUCAAGUGGCAAGGCUUGAGACCCAAAAUUCAGUAUGGUACAUACAAUGACUCUGAAAAGAAAACUGAGGAGUAUGAUACCCAGGCUAUGAAAUAUUUGUCAUAUUUGCUCUACCCACUGUGUAUUGGAGGUGCAGGUUACUCCUUGUUGAAUGUCAAAUACAAAAGCUGGUACUCCUGGUUGAUUAACAGUUUUGUCAAUGGAGUGUAUGCAUUUGGAUUCUUGUUCAUGCUGCCCCAACUCUUUGUAAACUACAAGAUGAAAUCUGUUGCACACUUACCAUGGAAGGCUUUCACAUACAAAGCAUUCAACACCUUUAUUGAUGAUAUAUUUGCUUUUAUCAUCACAAUGCCAACAUCUCAUAGGCUGGCGUGCUUUAGAGACGAUGUCGUGUUCCUGGUCUAUCUCUACCAAAGAUGGCUUUAUCCUGUGGAUAAGAGCAGAGUGAAUGAGUAUGGAGAAUCUUAUGAAGAAAAGCCAAAAAAAAAAGCUCACAGAGAAUAAGAACUGAAGAAGAUUCUGACCCUUGGACUCUUACUGGCUUCAUGUAUUAUGUGGUCUCAAGGAAAAACUUAUUUAAUAAGAGUAUUUUUAAAGCUUAUGACAGAACUACAUGGACAGUACUUCCUCUAUAUUGCCAAAACCUAGUUUUGAUAUCCUCCUAUUUCAAGAUCAUCUUCUGUCCACAAAAAGUCCACAAUCUGCCAGAUGUCAUUAAACAAACUUCCUGCAUUUGAACUUCUUUUCCAUGAAAACUUAAGUGUCCUGACCUUUGUAAUUAAUAUUCAAAUCUGUUUUUAAGACAACUCACCAGCUGAAAGUGUGAUGCCCAUGGGACUAGCCUACGAAAAGUGAAAAAGAAACAAGCCAGUGGGUUAGAGCAGAAUCAAGCAUUAUUGCCAAACUAGAGGCUGUCAAAAAUAAAACAUACAGUGUCAGGCUAUAUGUUAAUUAUAAGUCAUUCUCCUUUGAUAAUGGAUAUAAUGGAAAUUCUGCUGAUCAUGAGUAAAGUUUUACGUUGUGCAUUUAAGUUCAGAGCUUAAAAAAACAAUUGUUGGAAAUAACACUAUGAGACAGGUGGGGUUUGUUAAAAUUCAAAUUCUGCUGCAUUCUUAGCCCAUAUGUGGCAAAAGGUUUUGGUCAUCUUGAACUGAAUGAACAUGAGAAAACUUAACAAUUUCUAUCAAUAUGUGUCCAAGUUUACAUAAAUCCUUCUGCACUGUCGACAGAACCUCUCAUGUCUUGGCAUAGCAGAUACUCACAUAAUGCAAACCAUUGUUAUGUGCUAGGAAAGUCUCUUAACACAUCUUAAAUUCUUAAUGUUGUGGUACCCCAGUGACCUACUAGGCCAGUUCUCUCGUGUUUCAAAGGGAAUUACUCUGUAGUUUUUCCCCUCUCCCUCCCAAUCCAUAUUUAUAAUGUGAAACACAUCAUUCAAGUGGAGUGAUUUUAGUCAAGUACAGCACAGGUUCAACAAACUACUUGGCUACAGAGCAAAAUGUCCAGCCUGGUGAAGAACAGCUGUCUUCCAAUCACACAAUUUAAAAUCUGUAUUCCAUGGGAACAGUUGAAUAAGGGAAGUAUUUUCAUCUGUUGUUUUCCAUUUAGUAAAAUUCAAGUUUACUUAUUAUACCAAAAUUCAGAGUUCAUAGGUGUAUGCAGAAGCAAUGGCUCUAGAUUUUUAAAAGCAAAUUUCUUAAUAGCAUUAAGUGAA